CCCAGAUUUCGAAGCGGGCGUGGGAACAUCGAACCGUUUUUGUCAUUCCGGCCAUCGAUUUCCUUUCAACCAAACCGAUAUAUGUUAGUUCCACGGCCCGAUACAAGAUGGCCGCCUUUUCGGCCAUCAAUGUCGAACCCGAAGAGAACAUCGACGAGGAGGUCGACACUACCAAGGAGCUGCAAGUCGAAGAUGCCUUGAAACUCUUCCAGAACGCCCUCAAACUCCAUGCACAAGGGCCCCAAUUCUUCGACCAGGCAGCCGAUGCCUACGAUGCGCUCUUUGAGUCCGAGAUAUUCAGAUAUCCGGAGAGCAAAACAGAUUACGAACGUACCGAAGCAGGGCAAGAUGCCGCCCUCGCAACCGAGCCUGUAUUCGCACAGGGUUUACCUGUCGUCGGUGCAGACGUCGACGGAAUCGGCAGCACCCUCCCUCAAGCGCUGUACCUGUCGUACAAAAACCGCGGCCAGUUUCUCAUUGACCGCAUAAAACACAAGGCACGGAGCACCGUGAUUAAUAAUGAGGCUCUUCUGGAGGACCCCACCGUGCAAAAGGACGCCCGGGGAGCCCUCGACGACUUCUGCGCUGCCCUGGACCGCGACCCCUCGGACGCAGAGCUCUGGAGAAAAGCUGCACGGGUUGCGGCAUUUCUUAGGAGUGCACGGGUCAGCCGCUACAGCCUGGAAGCUGCCAUCGAGCUGGAUGAUGACCCGGCUGUCGAUGAGGUCGAACCGCCGUCGCUGGCUGAGGGAUUCGCUGGUGAGCAACUCAAGGAGCAGCUUCAGAUCCUGGAUGAUAAAAUCGCCUUGACUCACCCAAUCAUGAAACCCUUCGUUGAUCGGGAGAUGCCCCCAUAUCUUGCCCGAUUUAUGGAUCCAAUGCCAUUUCUGCCGAAUCCUACCAAUGCCUUACCCGCUCAGAGAGCAAGCUGGGCCGACCUUGAGCUCCCGCGUCUUGUUCUACCGAUCUCAAAGUUGUCCUGGGCGGAGCUGGGCGCCGCCAUAGUGCGCUUUUUUACCGAGCAGGGGCUGUCCGGACUAGCUGUCUCAAUACAGCCACCAGAUACGGAUGAACGGGGGGACGUUCAGAUGGUCCUUGACACGCAGUUGUUACUGCCACAGUUCAUUCCGGCCCCUGAUCCCCCAGCUGAAGUGUCGACAGCCCCAGAAACGGUUGGGGACCAGCCCAGCGGGGAAGCCAUAACGGAUGAACCAGAUCUCGCCACGACUGAGCCUGCUCCAACGGACGAUCAACCAUCAAAGGAACGGGGCAUACCCAUGCCGACCCGGAAACGCUCACAGUCGACAGCAGGCAUUCUCGAAACCCUGGAAGAUGAAGCCACGGACGUGAAGAGAAGCAAGCGGACGCGACGCAGGGACACGGCUGCGGAAGAAGUUAUGGACUCUGCCACGUUCCUCGCCAGUCAGCUCCAGCCUCUGCAAGCCGCCGACCAAAACCUCUUCCAGACCACAAAGAACUUGUUGGAGAACCUCGGUGUGACGGACCAUGUGACACUUUGCAGGAUUGCUGAGGUUCUCGACUCCUGCGCCUCGGACGACCGGGCGGGCAAGAUCCAGAACCAAGCCACGGUCGAUCUUCACGAAUCCAUUCUGCACUUUGAUGAAGACAUUGGAUCGAUUUUGGUGAGCAAGAGAGAGCUUCCUCAGCUAAGUCUCUCGGCUUUUCUCGAGCAUGCAAAAUCUGUGUCUCAGCGGGCCCACGAGGCCCCUGCCUUUGACGAUUCUCAAGGGCUGAGAGACUUUGUGGAGAAGAGAAACCAAGACUGGAGCACCAUUCACGACAUUGCGUACGAGUACGUGAAAGCCGUGGCCAGGACCUACAUCGAGUACAAAUGGGCAGACCAGCUCAAGACGGCAGUCGUCCACGUUAUCAGCCAGUUAGAUGGGAUCGUGUACGACGCGUUCGCCCGUGACCUGGAGCUUUGCCUGAACGGUGUCUCAAAAGAGCGGAUUGCCGAGCUGGCAGAGCUCGCGCAAAUGCUCCUCGAGCUUCAUCUUGACGUCUACGAGCAUCAGACGGAUCCUAACAGCGCGACUGAUCAGGAGGCAACAUUGGAGGCAAAAUGCCGAAUGGACAGGUGGAUGGGCACGGCCGUUGAGCUUACCAGACUUCGAAAUCCGUGCUCCAAUGACAGUCUUUCUCUCCGCUUCCUCUGGGCAGCCGUGUGCUCGACCACAAUGGCCAAAGGCGCCCCCCGAGACCAUGUCCUUAACUGCUGGCAUAGUUUGCGUGACUUCCUUGCCGAAACAGGACCGGCCGAGCUCAGCCUCCCAAACAACAGUUUGAUGCCCGAAAUCUCAGUUGCGGCUGCGGAGCGCGAAAUAUCCAAGCUCACAACUAUGGAUUUCUUUCUGGGUUUGUUUCAUGAAGACACUGGCGACCCGAUCUCCGUGGUUGAGAAUCUGGAACCCGUCCUUAACCCAGAUAGCGUCUACAUCAGUAUUCCUGUCGCGCCUGAACCAACGGAUAGCGGCGACGUUGAUUCCACGCAGCAGAAGAAGCCUAUCACGGAGUGCGCCAGCCAGGAGCUGAUGGACUUGUGGAAGUUUCUCAGGAGCAGUAGCACGGAACUUCGACUCCUGUUGUGGUCACGGCUCGGCGAGGCUUACGGCAAGAUUCACUAUACGACCAAGCAAUUCUCAUGCUUCCUCCGGAGAAUUGAAACGGUCAUGUCAGACCUUGAGCGCGACGAGUACAUCCAGGCUCCCGAUGAAUCCAGGAAAAACCAGUUUAUGGGCUUGCUAAAGGCGCUCGACGACCUCAUCAUCCAGGCAUUACAUCUAGCCUUAAACGACAACAGCUCCUUCGACAUCAUUGAUGAGGACCACCUCAGGUCUAGCAUGUCUGCCCUGGCCAAGGUCAGCUGCAUGUUGCACGUGGCGGCCAUCUACGAGGACGAGACGCGUCUCGGGAUGAAACCUGUACCAGCUAGUAGCUCUGCGCUGCGGUCGUUCCUCAACAAGCUGCAAGAGAUGCAAGUUCGGACUUGGUCGCUGCAGUACACCAUGCUCAAGGUCGGGCUUCACCAGCACCCUGACCUGUUUCCCAAGCCCGAGAACGAUCUUGCCGAUUACUUGGCCGCGGUGCAUCAAGUACUGGGGCUUCGAAAGUGCUGCAAGUCGUCCAACAAGAUCUUUCUCAAGAUGAUGCGCGUCGAGUUCCUCAAGCAGAAGAACAUAGAUAACUGGGAAGACUACCUUGGCCAGGUGCUUUACGAUCUACACGGUCUCAAACUUGGCGUGGGGAUUUGGGAGGUCCAAGAUCACGGCUGCGAGCCCGAGAACCUGGAGAAACGCCAGGCGCUGCAGCUUGUUGAAAGGGUCACGAUGCUGGCCAACAGGAUGUCGAUGAAAGAUCUCCUAAAGUCCGAUCUCAAAACGACCAUCGAGCGGAUGCAGCAGGCGAUAGGAUCCGCCAAGUCGAGCCCCCAGAUGGCCCAUAAUCUCCGCAACUAUUCCGAAUACCUCAAGGCGCCAAUUCACCCGCUUCACCUCUACCAGGCCUUGACUGGCAGCGUGGAUCUCGACGCGGUGACCAUCAACACGCCCGAGAGCGCGCCAGCCAAACAGGGCUGGUUCUUCUUGCUGGGCAUGAUUGCCCUCACCAAGUUCAAAGGUGUCGACCUGAACCGGCGACAAACGCCAGGUGCUACCGAUGACCUGCGCAUCGGAGCCACGUUUCUGCGUCUGCAGCUCCAGUACACGCCUGAUCGCUGGGAUGCGUGGUUUCGCCUAGCAGAAUGCUUCGAUUAUGAGCUUGAAGAAUCGAUUCUUUGGACUGCCGACAAAAUAAACAAAGAGCGACCCGAGCUCGUCAAGCUGCAGAGAAAUGCCAUCCAUAGCUACAUCAUGGCGCUUUCCCACUCAUAUGCGUGGGCAUCAGAUCCAGCUGUCCUCACCUCCGUGGAGAACGACAAAGAAGCGCUGUAUGACAUGUACCACGAGUUCGGGAUGCGGAUGUACUCGUCGAGUCGCGAGCCGUUUGCCAUGGAGCCCUUCCAACAUGCCGACCAGAAACGCAUUUUUAUUGAACCUGAGGGGUCCGGCACGUACAAGAAGAUCCUGCACAAUGAGAUGACCGACUACCAGGUCUGGAAGUUUGCGGCAAGACUCUUCCGGAAAGCCAUGGAGGGCAAGCCCAAGGAUUGGAAGAAUCCGUACAUGGUCGCCAAGUGCCUCUGGAAAAUGUACCAGAAGCCUCCCGAGGAACUCGAUGAGAAGAAUCGUCGCCAUCGGCCCUCCGUUCGGGCGGUGAUAGCCGCGCUCGAGAAAACCGUCGAGGUCGUCUCAUCCCUGCCGAAACCUCGGCACAGCCAGGACCCGAUCUUGGAGCCGCAUUACAAAAUUGUGUCGGUUGUUCACAAGCUUGUCAAGCGGGGUGACCUGACCUGGCAGGAUGGCGCAGCCGUCCUUCAACGCCAGCCAUUUUCUCCAGACCGUGGGAAAGAGACCCCCAUUGAUACUUGGCAUGAAUGGGAAGACUAUGUGAUCCGGUGCGUGCGGUUCCUGCGCGAGAAGGACAAGUCCAACUGGCAACACCGCAUCAUUAUGCGACACGCACGCAUGUUCCACGACAUGAGCACCUACCCCAGCGGGAGCGAAAGUUCCUCUCACGCAAGGUCUGCAUUCAACGUGCUGCGGGAGAACAUGUUCACCAAGACCAUGGUGAUGAACGUGUGGAAAUGCGACGCCGAGCGGCCCGGCCGCCACCACGUCUACACGGAGCGUUACAUCCGGUACAUGGUCGGGCUGCUAAAUGUCUUGAACGAUCGCGUCAACCUCGAAGCCGUGCUCCGCCGCAUCCGCAAAAAGGGCGCCGACUUCUACCACUUCAACGAGCUGUGGCAGUACUGCGUCCUCACCUACGUCAAGCUCAUCCGGCAGACCUCCAGGGUCCCCACGACUGGGGAAGACGCCUUCAAGAGCCUCAACCCGGACGAAUUCGACGUCGUCGGCGAAAGGAUAACCGAUUGGGCCACCAGCGCCGCAGCAGAAGACAACCCAGCUCUUAGCGCGAUGAAAGAAGCCGUCGAACUCAAAAAGCUCAAUGCCAACCUCAUGAAAGCCGGACCCAUCGACGACCUCAUCACGGACUGCUACGCGGCCAUUUAUCUUGCCGUCUUCAAAACCGACGACGCCCGAGCAGCCGAACGACACACACAAACCCCUUCCUCCCCUUCCCAACAAACCGAGAACCAACAACAACAACCGCCUAACGCAGAAGACCUCAAAUCCAAACUCCUCCUUCACACGCUCGCCGCCUCAGCACGCGACAAAUCCCCCUCGUCCCUCUCGGCCCUCGGCUCGCUCCGCGCGGGGUCGGAGCAACCGGCGGAUAAAUCUGAGAGACAUUCUGUCGCCGGCGACGGCGCCGUGCCCCGCAGCACUAGCGGUGGCAAGGGUGCGGGAGGGGGGAUCCGGCGACCGAAUAUCCUGCGCAAGGCCGAGCACGCCGUGCAGGCUGUCUUGCGCGCGGCGGAGGGGUCGGCGCCGCGGUCGGCUGGUGCUGGUGGUGCUGGUGGAGCUGGCGCUGGUAAUGGUGGUGGUGGUGGUGGGGGGGGAGGGAAGACUAGGUCGAGGGUUGGGUCGGUGUCUUCGGGCACGCUUGUGAACUGGGCGGCGAGGCGGGGGGGUGGGGAGGAGACGGAGGAGGGGGAGGAUGUGGAUAUGAAGGAUGUUGAUAACGACGAUGAAGGUGCUGCUGGUCGUCGGGGUGCGAAUGGAAGGGCGAGUGGUGAUGGCGGUGGUGGUAGGGAGGAAGGGAGUGAGAUUUCUAGCCCGCCCGACAGUGUGCAUGACUCGGCGGACGAUGAGAGCGACUUGAGCGAUGUGCCGGCAGAUUAUGAGGAUGAUGCGCCGCCCUCGCUGUUGUUUCCUAAUUUGAGGAGGAGUGUGGAUGCUGGGGUUGUCAACAAAGUAGAGGGGGAGACUACCGAGGAGGAGAGUGAGGCUGGUGAAGAGGAGGAUGAGCUUGAUGAGGGCGAGGGGGAUAGAGAGGAGGAGGAGGAGGAGGGGGAAGGGAAUAGCGAGAAUGGCAAUGAAGAAGGCGAGGAUGAACAGCACGAGGGGGAUGAGGAACGGGAGGAAGAUGGAGCCGAGGGCAACUUAGGUGCGCCUGCUGAGGGGCAUGGUGAUACUACGGAGGGCCUGCAUGAAAAGAACGAACCGUAGGGUGCCGAGCACGUUUAUGGCGUCUUGAGGUCUUUGACGAAACAUU